ACCGCAGCCCCUUCUCAGUUCCAGCCCCGCAGAUCUCCAUUUUCUUCUUUCCCGAUAUUCUGUAGCGGAGGAGUGAAGACUUGGAAAAAUGAAUGAAGAAUACGACGUUAUCGUUUUGGGCACCGGGCUUACGGAAUGCAUUUUAUCAGGAAUCAUGUCAGUGAAGGGGAAGAAGGUUCUGCACAUGGACCGCAACUCCUACUACGGAGCUGAGAGUGCCUCCAUCACGCCUCUUGAAGAUCUCUACAAGCGCUUCGACCUUCCAGGCAAACCUUCUGAGUCGAUGGGAAAAGGCCGGGAUUGGAAUGUGGACCUCAUCCCUAAAUUCCUUAUGGCCAAUGGUCAGCUUGUGCGCAUGCUGCUGAUCACAAAGGUGACCCAGUACCUGGAUUUCAAAGUGAUCGAGGGCAGCUUUGUGUACAAGGGGGGAAAAAUCCAUAAAGUCCCCUCUACUGAGACCGAGGCUCUGUCAUCUAGUCUGAUGGGGCUUUUUGAGAAACGGCGCUUCCAAAAAUUCCUCCAGUUCAUCUCCAACUUCGACGAGAGCAACCCCAAAACCAUGGAUGAUGUCGACCCCCAAAAGACACCCAUGCGAAACAUUUUCCAAAAGUUCAAACUGGGCCAGGAGGUCAUGGACUUCACCGGCCACUCACUCGCCCUCUACCGCACAGACGAUUACCUGGAUGAACCCUGCAUUGAGACGAUAAACCGGAUCAAGCUUUACAGUGAGUCUCUGGCCAGAUAUGGAAAGAGCCCGUACCUCUACCCACUCUACGGCCUGGGGGAGCUGCCACAAGGGUUCGCCAGGCUUAGUGCCAUCUACGGCGGGACGUACAUGUUGAACAAGCCCAUCGACGAGAUCGUGGUGGAGGACGGGAAGGUGGUUGGAGUCAAGUCCGAGGGAGAGAUCGCCAGGUGCAAGCAGCUGAUCUGCGACCCCAGCUACGCCAUGGACCGCGCCACCAAAGUGGGCCAGGUGAUCAGAGUCAUCUGCAUCCUGAGUCACCCGGUCGCCAACACUGGUGACGUCAACUCUUGCCAGAUCAUCAUCCCCCAGAACCAGGUCCAAAGGAAGCAUGACAUCUACGUUUGUAUGAUCUCCUCUGCUCACAACGUGGCAGCACAAGGCAAGUACAUCGCCAUCAUCAGCACCACAGUGGAGACAAACGACCCCGAGAAGGAAAUCAAGCCGGCCUUGGACCUACUGCAGCCCAUCGAGCAGAAGUUUGUCAGCAUUAGUGAGCAGUAUGCACCCACCGACAUGGGCGCCGACAGCCAGAUUUUCAUCUCCCGCACGUAUGAUGCCACGACUCACUUCGAGACCACCUGCGACGACAUCCAAGACAUCUACAAGAGGAUGACGGGCUCAGACUUUGACUUUGCCGAGAUGGAACGCAAGAAGCAGGACACCUUCGGCGACGCCUGCGAUUAGAGGAGAGGCACCCGCUGCAAUCCUGAUUAUUAAAGACGACGACAACUGAAAUCUUACAGAAAAUAGUGAAAAAUAAAAAAAACUACACAAAAAUGUACACACCAAUGGCUGAUCAUCCGAGUAAACGGUUUUGCCCAUUGAGGAAGUUCAUGAUAUUUAGAGAUAUGAUAUAGUGUUGUUGGAUAGGGUUCAGGGAGGGAGCUAUGCUUUUUAAACCCACACUCGGAUGGAUGUUGCACUAAACACUGGUUAUACCUAAUAUACAGUAAUACCCUACAUUCUUCUGCCUCAUCAUGUCGACAUGAUGCAUAGUCCAAAGAUGCCAAAUCAAAUGAUAAUUCAAAAAACGAUCUUACAUAGUGGGUAUAUGUGUCAGCGGGGUGGGGUGUCCAAUUGUUCUGUCAUUGUAUAAAAGGCGUUUGGAAGAUAAAUAAUAUCUAUACAUCAGUUAUUGGUCUCUGCAAAUAUUCUUUCAUGUCAGGGUGAGAGAGAGAAGCGGCUUUGGCUUCGUGUGUCCGAGUUAAAUCAUGCGAGCGGAGGAGUGUUCCUCCGCGCACAUUCAGGCCCAGCAGCCACAGACAGCCGUGUGAGGCGGCAGCUUCCAUCGUCGGCUGUUAACGUGGGUAAGGGGUGUGUGGGCUUCAUAUUUCUAUGUCACUGUUUUGUUUUUUUGUUUUUUUUUUAAUAUUAAAAAAAAAAAAAACCUUUCCUGUCAAAUCUCCAUCACGGCCCGACGCAUCCUAUAAACCAAGACACAAGGGCAACUGGUCCAGCAUUAACUACCCAGACCUGUGUAUCCGACAGCUUGAGUUACUAUAAUGCGUCAGUGAUCUAGUAGUUUCUGUUCCUGUAUCAUGCAUCAUGCAAAGCAUUAACAGCAGAUUGGUGGGAUGUGUGGUUGACUGUAAUUGCUUAAGGACCAAAAUGUGUACUGCAGCAGUAUUGAAUUGAUGAGAGCCCAUUUGGUAUCUCCUGUGUUGAACAACUUAAAAAAACAAAAACAUCCUGGGCUCAAAUGAUUUCUAUACUGCAAAGUAAAAACAACUUUGUCAAAAACCAAA